UCCUCACACAAUCCUCAUAUCGAGAGGCCAAGUCUUCAGCAAAAGAAGCCAUGGUUUUGGUCUCUCAAAGUGAGCUACUACCAUUUAACGAGAACGACUCACAAGACAUGGUCAUAUACCAAGUCCUCAAUGAAGCCAACCAAGCCAUGGGACUAACCACCAGCUCAUCAGUAAUGCCACAAAGAAACCAAAGCAACAACAUGCUCCAACCUGCAAGGAUGUUAGGGAAGAAGCACUACAGGGGCGUGCGGCGUCGUCCGUGGGGGAAAUAUGCUGCCGAAAUUCGCGACUCUGCGCGACAGAGUGCACGUUUAUGGCUAGGCACGUUUGGGACUGCGGAAGAGGCUGCUUUGGCUUAUGAUAGAGCUGCUUUCAGGAUGCGUGGUGCAAAGGCACUACUUAACUUCCCAGCUGAGGUUGUUGUUGCAUCUUCUUCUAUGCAAAAGUUCAAGCCAACUUUGAGGUCAAAGAAGAGUACUGAUUUGGAUUCAAGUUCUAGCUUUAGCACAACAACAACUGGAACAUCACAAUCGGAGUCGGAGAGUGGCACCACUGAGGAGUUUUCGCUGAAUCUGGGGUUAGUUACUUAAGGUAUACUUGGCAGGACUAUUCAACCCUCCAAUCCUCAAAAUCCGCCAAUACCCUUGUCAAAUAUAUAACCUUAGUUACAUUGAUAAAGAAGUUUGAUGCAUGUUUAUUCAGCUUUAGCCAUCAGUUUUCUGUUCUACCAUACUAGUUCAUAGACGUGUGAAAAGUACAAUUUCUUUC